UGGAGCUGAGAGACUGAAAGGGACAUCAUGCGUGAGUGUAUCUCCAUCCACAUCGGCCAGGCCGGAGUUCAGGUCGGCAAUGCUUGCUGGGAGCUCUAUUGCCUGGAGCACGGGAUCCAGCCGGAUGGACAGAUGCCCAGCGACAAGACCAUCGGGGGCGGCGACGACUCCUUCAACACCUUCUUCAGCGAGACCGGAGCGGGCAAGCACGUCCCCCGGGCCGUGUUCAUUGAUCUGGAGCCCACGGUGAUCGAUGAAGUGCGGACCGGCACAUACCGGCAGCUCUUCCACCCCGAACAGCUGAUCACCGGCAAGGAGGACGCGGCCAACAACUACGCCCGGGGCCACUGCUCCAUCGGCAAGGAGAUCGUCGACCUGGUCCUGGAUCGCAUCCGGAAACUGGUAGGGUCAGUUUACUCCUGCAACACUCACACUCACCCCACCUUUCUCCUUCUCAAUGCUCUCCGCUUUAUCUGCCCACAGGCCGACCAGUGCACCGGACUGCAGGGGUUCCUCAUCUUCCACAGUUUUGGGGGCGGCACCGGCUCGGGCUUCACCUCCCUCCUCAUGGAGAGACUCUCCGUCGACUACGGCAAGAAAUCCAAGCUGGAGUUUUCCGUCUACCCGGCGCCGCAGAUCUCCACCGCCGUGGUCGAGCCCUACAACGCGGUGCUGGUCACCCACUGCACCCUGGAGCACUCCGACUGCUCCUUCAUGCUGGACAACGAGGCUAUUUACGACAUCUGCCGGCGGAACCUGGACAUCGAGCGCCCCACCUACACCAACCUCAACCGCCUGCUGGGGCAGGUAGUGUCGUCCAUCACCGCCUCGCUGCGCUUCGACGGCGCCCUCAACGUGGACCUGCUCGAGCUCCAGACCAACCUGGUCCCCUACCCGCGCAUUCACUUCCCGCUGGUGACCUACGCGCCCCUGAUCUCGGCCGAGAAGGCUUACCACGAGCAACUGUCCGUGUCGGAGAUCACCAACGCCUGUUUCGAGCCGGCCAACCAGAUGCUCAAGUGCGACCCCCGCCAGGGCAAAUACAUGGCGUGCUGCAUGAUGUACCGCGGGGACGUGGUGCCCAAGGACGUCAACGCCUCCAUCGCCACCAUCAAGACCAAGCGCUCCAUCCAGUUCGUGGACUGGUGCCCGACGGGGUUCAAGGUGGGCAUCAACUACCAGCCCCCGACAGUGGUUCCGGGGGGCGACCUGGCCAAGGUGCAACGAGCCGUCUGCAUGCUGAGCAACACCACCGCCGUCUCCAUGGCCUGGACCCGCAUGAACCUCAAGUUCGACAAGAUGUACGCCAAGCGGGCCUUUGUCCACUGGUACGUGGGAGAGGGUCUGGAGGAAGGAGAGUUCCAGGACGCGCGGGAGGACAUGGCGUCGCUGGAGAAGGACUACGAGGAAGUGGGCAUCGAUUCGGCGGAUCUGGACAAGAAGGCGGAAGAGGAAGAGUGAAUUUUGUUGUAUAUCUGGAAAGAUUAGUUAUUUUUAAUACUGGUGUAUAUCUAAUUCAUGAAAUUAAAUAUAUUUGAGACAUAAU